AUGAAGUUGUCAAAUCAGUCAGAGGUGCCCGUGUACACCAUCUCGGGCUCUAACACUGCUCGUCCACUCCCAGAAUGGCUUGCGAAACGCAGAAAGCGCAGCUUGAAAGAUGAUCCCGAGUAUGCGAACCGAGUGGAGUUGCUACAGGAUUUCGAGUUCGAAGAAGCUAGCCAGUGUGUACGAGUCAGUGAAGAUGGUGAAUGGGUGAUGAGUACAGGAACCUACAAACCACAAAUCCAUACCCAUUAUCUCCCUCAACUCUCUCUAUCCUGGGCUCGUCAUACAGUGGCCCUUAACACAACUUUCCUCCUUCUAUCUUCCGACUACUCCAAAUCCCUCCACCUCCAAUCCGACCGAUCCCUCGAAUUCCACACUCCAUCCGGAUGCCACUACACAACCCGCUUGCCGCGAUACGGCCGUGAUCUAGUAUUUGACCGACAAUCGACCGAGGCGCUCAUUCCUUCCGUCGGUGUUAACCAAGAUGGUAUGGGUGAAGUUUUCAGGCUCAACCUGGAGAUGGGAAGGUACAUGCGCAGUUUUGAGGUAGAUGUUGGUGGAGACGAUUUUACUUCCGCUGGAGGCGGUACCCUGCAGGGUGGUAUUAACACCGGAUCAAUUAACACUGGUGCUAUUGCUGAGGAGAGUCACAAUUUGCUUGCUUUUGGUACAUCUAUUGGAACGGUGGAGUUGUGGGAUCCUAGAGCCAAGGGCCGGGCUGGUGUUCUUUUGCCACCUACUACACAAUUCAGCACCGAUGAAGGACGAGCUGAGAUUACUGCUUUGGAGUUCCACCGUUCAGGAUUGACUCUUGGAACUGGUUCCUCAAACGGUCUCAUCCAUCUUUAUGAUCUGCGAUCUCCAAUGCCUCUUCUCAAGAAGGACCAAGGAUACGGUUUCCCCAUCCACACACUCAAGUUCCUCCAGCCCUCGACUGCGACCCGUGAGGCAACUCUCGACCCCAAAAUUAUGUCCGCCGAUAAGCGUAUUAUCAAGAUCUGGGAUCCUCGCGAUGGUACCCCAUGGACCUCUGUGGAGCCGGCGGUGGAUAUCAACUCGGUUGCUUGGUGCAAGGACAGUGGAAUGCUCCUCACAGCCAACGAGGGCCGACAACAGCACUCAUUCUUCAUUCCCCAGCUGGGACCUGCUCCAAAGUGGUGUUCUUUCCUGGACAACUUGGUGGAAGAGAUGGCGGAGGACCCCAACGACCCCAACGCUUUCACCAGCUCCCAGGCUGGUGCUGUCUACGACAACUUCAAGUUCUUGACGGUUCCUCAGCUCCGUACCUUGAACCUGGAGCACCUUAUCGGUCGCACCAACCUUUUGCGACCAUACAUGCACGGUUACUUCGUGGCACAGAGAUUGUACGAGGAGGCGAGAUUAAUCACCAACCCGUACAUCUGGGAGGAGGAGCGUGCCAAGCGCGUGAAGGAGAAGAUCGACAAGGAGCGCGAGAGCCGUAUCCGUGGCAAGAAGAAGGCUGCUGUGAAGGUGAACAAGAGACUCGCAGAGAAAUUGAUGGACGCCGAGGAGAAGGCUGAGCGCAAGAGAGCCCAGCGUGUUCUGGAGCGUGGUGGAGAUGCCGACAUGGUCGACGCUCCCGCAACUACAUCCGAAUCCAAGACUGCCCUUGGUGACAGCCGUUUCGCCAAGCUGUUCGAAGAUGAAGACUUCGCCAUUGAUGAGACAUCCCAUGAAUUCAAGCUCAUCAACCCUAGCACCAAACCCCAACCCGAAAGAAAAGAACGUGGCCUUACAGCUGUCGAACAAGAAGCUGUCGAUGAGGUCCCCGGAUCCAGCGAUGAUGAUUCCGGUUCCGAAGCCGAGCCAACAAGACAUACCAAGGAGGGAGCUACUAAGAAGAUUUCCUCCGCCGAUUACAAGCGUACAAAGCGAGCUCCACCUCGUAUGCAGGUUUCUUCUUCAGCACGCACUACUUCUACACGCGAUCGUUCAUUCGGCUCUCGUGCUCAGAACAUGAAGGCUAGACACCGCCCCUCACGCUCUGGUGGUGCUGUCGGCGAGCGGGAAGUUAGCUUCAUGCCUGCUUCCAAGUCCAAGAAGGAUAAGCCCGAAGUGCAAUAUGAUAAGACCGCUUCCUCGUUCCGCUCUAAGGACCGUCGCAGUGCUUCGAAUAAUGCCUUCCGGGGUAUGUGA